UGAUCAUCUGAUAAUUGUAGUGUUUGUGAUACCAUAAACACUGCAAACUUUUUACUUUAAUCAACUUUAAUUUGCAAUUCAUUUCAACCUUCAUUGACUAUACAAAGUUGAUUUAGCUUACAUUAUUUCAACAUAUUUUUAUAAUUUAUAGCAACUCCUCACUUUUAAAUAAAGCUGAAAUUAAUGGUAAUUUUGAGUUGAUUAAACCUAAACAUUUACAACAAAGUACAAGAAGGAAUCCUUAAAGUGCAGAGAUCUUCAGAGCAGAAACGGCUACAGUUUCAAGAUUUCGUGAUAUGUUGAGGACCAUGACAAAGUUUAUUUUACUCUGUCUGUGCUUUCUGACUGUGCCGGGUGUGUUUGGUGAUGAAGUGAAGUCAGUGUCAGUGAUGGAGGGUGAUUCUGUUACUCUACAGACUGAUACUGUGAAGCAGAAAGAUGAUCGGAUUGUGUGGUAUUAUGGACCUGAAAACACUUUUGUAGCAAGAAUCAAUGGAAAGGCCAACAGCAGCAUGUUAUCUGAUGAUGAGAGAUUUAAAGACAGAGUAAUGGUGGAUAAUCAGACUGAAGAUCUCAUCAUCACAGAUGUCACACCUCAAAACUCUGGAGAUUAUACAGUCAAGAUCAGCAGCAACAAUAAAGUCUCAUACAAGAAAUUCAGCGUUAAUGUCUAUGCUCGUCUGCCUGUUCCUGACAUCAGCAGUAACUCAUCACAAUGUUCAUCAUCAUCAAGAUGUGUGUUGUUUUGUUCAGUGUUGAAUAUGAGAGAUGUGAGUCUGUCCUGGUACAAAGGAAACAGUUUAUUGUCCAGCAUCAGUGUGUCUGAUCUCAACAUCAGACUCUCUCUACCUCUGGAGGUUGAAUAUCAGGAUACAAACACAUACAGCUGUGUGGUGAACAAUCCAAUCAGCAACCAGACUCAGCAUCUCAACAUCAAGAAUCUCUGUCAGACGUGUUCAGGUAGUUCAGAUACAACAGAUUCUCCUAUCUUUAUAAUUCCAGUAAUAUUAGCUCUUAUACUCUGUGUAAUCAUCAUCAUCACUGUUGUCUACAAACUCAGAAGAGCCCUCAAAUCAAAACUCAAGAAACCAUUACAUGCUAAAGUACCUCUGAAUGAUGAAGAAAAGAUCAUGAGAUCCAGCAGCAUGUAUGAUGACGGAUAGCAGGAAACUUCAUGCAUGUGGUACCAUACUGAAACUUUGAAAAAUACAUGGGCACAUUUUAAAUGGGACCGAGUGGGACUCAUUUUAGCCCAGUAAUGUUCAAGAAAGACCAGACAAUAUUUCUUUGUGUGGAAAGUAAACAUCUGUGCACAUUCCUUUCUCAAGUUGCUCAGCCCUAAGAUGAACAUAUUUCUAUGUAUUCAUACCUCCCUUUAUGAAAGAACUAUCACCUAAAGCAAGUGCAAAGAACAGUAGAGGGAAUGAGUUUUCACUGCAUGUUUUAUCUUUUUUUUUUUAUAUAUAAACUUUUGCCAUAAUGCAACUCUGAGUCAUUUUCUAAAUGAAAACAGAUUUAGUGAACUGGAUCUAAACCUUGGAUCUGAUCUCAUGGGCUUGCCAGACCGUUGUACUAGAUUUAGGUCUGAGUGAAUUUGGCAAGACCAUGACAGUACUAUGUUCUGUGUGGGGACACGUGGAGUUAUAUUGUGUAUGUGGCUUCCACGUGUUUCCAGUGUCUUGUCGCUGUCAUGGUCUUGCCAGACCUUUGUGUGAGAUUCCAGGUCUGAUUUCAGAGGGCAAGAUCAUGGCAGCAUUGUGUUUUGUGUGGGAACACGUGUUUUCACAUCAUGUAUGUGUGUCACAUGUUCCCAGUGUCUUGUCACUUUCACCCUACUCCCUUAUGUACUCGUGUCUUACGUAAUUAAUUAUGUUCACCUGUUCCCCAUUGAUGUCGUGUCUUUAUAAUGCCCUCUUGUUCUCUGUCGUGUGCUCGUUCGUUCGUCUUGAUUCAGUGUGUUUUGUUCCCGUCAUCCGGGUUACCUGAAUCUUUCUCAGUCUUCUGUUAUUUUUGUAUCCCGUGUUUGUUCCUGGUUUUGUGUCACAUCUUUAGUGUUAUUAUCUGUUUUACCCCCACGUGGGUUUUUGUGGUUGUUUAAUAAACCUUCAGUUUAUUAUUUACGUCGUGUCUGCGUUUGGGUUCUCUCCUCCAUUAUUUGUGCCGUGACAUCUGAAGCCUAUAGAUCCAUAGUUGGAUCUUUCAUUGUGUAUACACAUUUUAUUUACAAGGGUAAAUAUAACUGUAAUACCGGAUGUUAAAUAAUCAACUUUGGGUCUGUUUAUGGAGAGACAUUAAAAAACAAUAAAACUUCGGUUGGGGCCUUCAUCUACAUUUGACCCUCAGGUUGAACUGGUUACAGACAUGCAAUUCUUUGUUCUUCUAAUCUCUUCGUCACAAAGGCUUUUGCACUGUUAGCCUUCAGGCUCACAUCAUUGGGUAUGUGCUGAAUAUAUAUGAUAAUAUGUAUAUAUGUUGUUCUGAGAUUGCAAUUUUAUAUUCAUGUGUGGUUUCAUUUUAAAGGUCAUGGUGUGGUGAGAAAAAAUGUCUAAUUUCUGUUAUUCUAAGAUAAAGUGGAUCAAAGUUAAGAACUUUGAACAUCAUACACUCCUGUGAGAGGUGUGUCUUCCUAAGGAAGAUCUAGUUUACAGAUGGCUAACAACUCCUAUUUGAUGAUCCAGGUCACAAGAACCUGACCAACCAAAACCUGAUAUGGGACUUUAUGACUCUUGUCUCACGCUGUGUAUAAAAGGUGGCCUGGCAACAUAUUCGGGGAGGCAUUCUGUUCAGAAGCUCUAACACUAUGUGUGUGUUAAAACAUCAUGGAAGAAAUCUUUAACAAGAAUCUUCCUAGACCACUUUGUGUGUCUUUGAUUGACAGGUAUGAUUUUGACUUUGUGCUGAUCUUUUUAGUUGUGGAUAUUUUUGGAUUGAUGAAUGAUUGAUUUAAGUGAUUUAAGUGGCUAUACUUUCGUUGGGCCGAUGGGUGGUACCUUUCAUAACCGAGCACAAAAUAAUAAAAAUUAUUCUUGCUAUUUUAAACUUUUGCUAUAUUAUAUCACUUUGAGUUAAAUUAUGCAGAGUGUACCUGUAUAUAUUGAUAUAAGUUUUUAAACUAUAUGCAAUGUUACAUAAGUAACACAUUGGGCACUAUCUUGCACCCAGCGCAAUUGACUUUGUCAGUGACGCAUGUACCAUUCGUAUUUUGCACCUGCGCACAGUGGGUUUUUCCCUCCACAGACGCAUGUCGGCAAACUAGGGAAUGAACUUGCGCUCCCUGCGCGGUUCAGCACAAAAAAGGGGGCGUGCUCCGGCGCAAACCAUCCCUGAUGCUAUUUUGCAGUUUCAAAAAACAAUUGCGCCACUGACCAAAAAAAAAAGUUUAAAGUCAGUGGCGCGUUGCGCGUGGUUCAUUAUGCUAUUUUAAGGGCGCAUGCUUGACCAUAAUGUAUAGCGUGCACAACGUGCACACACUUUGCUUUUCUAAUCUACACAGAUGCAACAGUUAUUUUUGCAAAUCAUAAAUUGUUACAAUAAAAAAUGUUAACACAUGAGAUAAGGGAAAUCAUAGUGGUGAGCAUUGUGGUGAUAGGUUUUAUUUAUUGUGUGGCUACAUUACAAAAUUCUCAUGCAAAUAACAAUUAAAAUAUUUUCAUAAGUUUGUUGUGUGGCUGUAUUACGUUUAUUUUAUGUAAAUAAUAAUUAAAAUGUUUUCAUAAGAAACCUUAAUGUAUAUGAACUUGAUUUGUAAGUGUACUUUGGGGUUGGACUGCUUGCGUUUCUUGGCUUUCAGCGGUGAGGGUGGACGC